ACAUAGCUCAGCAACCUGAUAAAACAGCUGCCACUUGCUCUCGCCAGACACAGAGGGACACAGGUCCUGCUUGGGACACAGGGAAACUGACAACCCAUUUGGGGACUUUCUACUCAGAAUCUGGAAGGCCUGUUUUCAUAUGAAGAAAGUGGUCACUGAUGUACCAGAGGAAAACGUCACUGGAAAGUCGUAUCAAGGACAAGUAGAUCUUACCCUCCGUGAGGGAAAUAGAUAUUGUGAAGACAGCUGCAGUCUACUGUGGACAAUACAAAACCACGCUGACCAGAAGUCAGAAAAGUGAAGGCGACCUGAUACACCCAAACAGAUGGCAGACAACAUGAAGAAGUUAUCAAAGGAUGCUAUUAGUGAAAAGAAACAUGAGGCUGAAAUACCUUUACCACCUCCUCCCGACACAGCAACUGGAGAACACGAUCAAUGUUUUAUGCCUCCACCUCCACCAAAAGAGUCAUUUUCCAAAUUCUAUGAGCAGAGACAAGUAAAUGAGCUAAAAAGACUUUAUCGCCAUAUGCAUCCAGAGCUAAGAAAGAACUUGGAGCAUGCUGUGUCUAGAGACAUAUCCGAUCUUUUAAGCAAUGACGAGCCAAAUCCACAGGUUGGAGUUAGCCUAGACUCAGGAGAGGUACAGUCCAUGCGUUGGAUCUUUGAAAAUUGGAAUUUGGAUAACAUUGGAGAACACCAGGGUAACCGAAAAUUGACUGAAGAAGAAGCUGUACUUGGUAGCAAUGUUAAAAAUACAUCUUUGCUAUUUCAAGGGCAGAAAUGCAUUGGUGGUGAAAGGUCCUCAUCUGAACUACAUACAGAAGAUCAGACAAAGGGAGAUGUUAAGACAGCAUUGUGGUUAUUUGAAACACAACCACUAGAUUCAUUAAAUAAAAUCUAUUCUGAAGAUGCUGAUGUCCAGCAAGCAGUUUUAAAAGAUCCAGUUGAAAAAGGUGAUGUGAAGGGAACCAAAAUUCUCUUUGAGACACAAUCACUAGAUGAAGUUGGUCGCUGCAAUUCUGUAGAAGAACAUAGCAUUCUUCAGUUGAAAUCUGAAAUACAAGAGCUGAAAGGAGAUGUGAACAAAACAAUCAAAUAUUUUCAGACUGAGCCCUUGUGUGCAAUUAGAGAUAAAACUGGAAAUGUUCAUGAGAUUAAAUCUAUUUGUAGGGAAGAGACUCAAAGCAAUGAUGUAAAAACAGCCAGAUGGUUGUUUGAAACUCAGCCUUUCGACACUAUUCAUAAGGAUGCAUCUAAAGUUCAGGUUAUUAGAGGAAUAUCAUUGGAAGAGAUAGCAAAAGGAGGUGUGAAUGCAAGCAAGUGGAUUUUUGAAACUCAACCCUUAGACACAAUAAAAGAGAAUGUAGACGAGGGAAUGUUUCAACCCUCCGAAGAUGUUGUUCCAGGUGUAGACGUGAGCAAGCAACGCACUAUCUUUGAAAAUCAAACUCUUGACUCCAUAAAUGAUAACACUGACAGUAAAUUUGCAGGCACAGAAGAAAUAUUGCCUGGAGAUGUAAAGUCCACUCUGUGGCUCUUUGAAACACAACCAAUGGAAACUCUUAAAGGCAGUUUAGAAGUCGGGCAUUUAAAAAAGGUUGAGUUAUUAAGUGAGGAAAGAGGAGAAGUUCAACAAAGAAAACACAUUUUUGAGACAUGUUCUCUAGACAAACUUACCAACAAAGAGGAUAUAUCAACUGGACAAUACGUAACAAACACAGAAGGAGUUAUAAAGGGAGACGUGAAGUCAUUCAAAAAUCUAUUCGAAACGCUUCCGCAUGAGAGCACUAGAAACCGUAAAAGUGUUCACGUCUCUAAUCAGGAUGAAAUUAAGCUUGGGAGUGUGAAAGCGAACCAAACUUUGUUUGAAAGCACACCACUUUAUGCCAUAGAAGAUAGUUUGGGUAAUUACCAUGAAGUUACAUCUGUCAGUCGGGAGCAAGUAAUAAGUGGUGAUGUUAAAAAUUACAAGUGGAUGUUUGAAACAAAGCCUUUGGAUCAGUUUAGUGAAAGUAUCCAGAAGGUAGAUGUCAUUAAAGGGAUUACAAAACAAGAAAUUAUGGCUGGUGAUGUUGGAACAGCAAGAUGGAUGUUUGAAACACAACCUAUUGAUGUCAUUCAUCCUGAUAAGAAUGUAAGAGGUGAACAAUGCACGGCUCAAAAGGAAGACUUACAAAGAGGUGAUGUUACCAAAUGUCGAUGGCUCUUUGAGACCCAGCCUAUUGAUGCAUUAUAUGAUAAAUCAGAGAAGAAAAAUGAGAACGAAUGUCCCAUUCAAGGUGAUGUUAACUCAUACACUUGGUUAUUUGAAACUCAACCACUUGAUUCCAUCACAGAUUCUGAAGAGCGCUACAUAACAGUACGUGUUGCUUCAACAGACAAAUUGGAAAGUGUUAAUGUUAAAACAACCAAGCAUUUAUUUGAGACUGAACCAUUAGACAGUCUUUCUUCAACUAAAGAACAGAAGAAAAUGAUAAGAUAUUCUAGUCGUGUUGAAAUCCAAUCAGGUGAAGUUUCCAGGGUGAAAGAGAUUUUUGAAUCAAAGCCAAAUGUGUGUGUCCCAUCACAGAAGACAGAUAUUCCUAUAGAAGGAAAUAUACCAGCUGGUUCAGUAAAUAAAUUCACUUGGCUUUUUGAAAAUUGUCCAAUGGACUCUAUGACAAUUCAUGAAGCUGGAAUUCAAGAAUUAUCUCCUGAAGAGAAUAUAGAAAGUGGAGAUGUUGGAGGAAAAAUAUUUAUUUUUGAAACAUAUUCUUUAGAUCAGAUCCACCAGGAAUCCGAUGAGACAGAAAUAAACAAAGUACAAGAAGCUGUUAAUAGCAGAGACGUAAAGUCCUGCACUAUGCUUUUUGAAACCAAACCAUUGUAUGCAAUCCAGGACAAAGGAGGGAUAUACCAUGAGGUAACAUCAGUAAAGAAGGAAGAAAUUCAAAAGGGGGAUGUGAAUGGAGCAAAAUGGCUGUUUGAAACAAGACCUCUUGAUAUGAUCAAUAAGGAUGAAGAAGUUUUUGUCAUUAGAGCAGUGACACAGGAAGAUAUUGAAAAGGGCUGUGUCAAGGCUGCCCGAUGGAGAUUUGAGACAGAACCAUUGGAUUCCAUCUCUGACGCUGUAAAGCACACAGCUAAAACUGUUGAUGAUGUACAGAAAGGUGAUGUCCAAUUGAAUAGACAACUGUUUGAGUCUCAACAAGUAAACCAGAAGAAGUAUGUUCGAUUAGUGAGUGUCAGCGACGUACAGAAGGGAAAUGUUAGGACAUCUACAUGGCUCUUUGAAAACCAACCAAUUGAUUGCUUGAAAGGAGAAAAUCAAGACCACUGUGGUAUCGUAAAAGUACAAAGAGAAGACAAUCAAAAAGGUGAUGUUAAGAGAUGCACAUGGUUAUUUGAGUCUCAGCCCUUAGACAGCUUGAAAGACACCGAAAGCCCUGCAGCUCCUCAAGCUACAGAAAUGCUUCCCAAAGCCAAUGUGAAGAGUACAACCUGGCUAUUUGAAAGUACACCCCUAGAUAAAUUUGACUUUGAAGACUCAACUAGUGUUGAACAGAAAGAAAUAAAUGUAAAAGACACACUUGAUGCUUUUCUUUCCCAUAAUAUAAUUCAGCAUAAAGGAAUUGCCAUUGAAAACAAUAAUGGUGGACAUGUAAAGAUGAUAAAGUAUCAGUUAUCCACACAGACUGCAACUGAUAUUCAAAAGGAAGAAAUUGUAGGAGGUAACCUGCAAAGAAUCCUAUUACAGCUACUUCACAGAACUGAUGUAGAACCUCAUGGUCUAUUAAUUGAGGAAAACAGCAGUGGACAAAUCAUUGCAACUAAAUUGAACCUUCUGAAUACUGUCAAGUCAACAGAACAGGAGGAAGAAAAUGUCAGAGAUGAUGUGGCCAAAGCCCUUAAAAUAUUGCUAAAUGAAGAUGCUUGUACAAAAACUGGUAUCAUAAUGGAGGAAUCAGAAAGUGGCUCAGUACAAAUUAUUAUCUAUACUCUUUCACUACACUGUAAAUUUAACAUGGCUCAGGAGGAUAUUCUAAAAGGGAAUGUCAAAUCCACAAUUGGAAAUCUACUUGCAUGUCGUAAAGAAAGCAAAUCAAGAAACUCUGUGAAUCUGGAGCAAAAUGAAAAAGGAAAUGUCCAGUUGUUCACAAGCUGCAUUGAAAAAGGUGAUCUUGGAUACUUGAAAAGUCUUCAGGCAGAAUCAGACUUAGAUGCUCUUGCAUAUUCUCAGAGUGGAUGUAUGCAUCAAGAGGAAAAUAAUAAGCAAAGUAAGCAGUCAACUGAUCAAAGUAAAGCAAGUUCAGAAUGUGUGUUUGUUACAUCUACCCCUGUGUUUCACCCAUUAAAAGUUCAUAAGAAUAUGAAAGAAUGUGCUGUGGAUGGAACUAUGAAAGGUCUAGAUACACAGAAAGCUUCAUCUGGGUGCAAAACAGAAAAGAACAUCAAUCUGAGUAAUAACACAGAAAGAAAUGUAACAGUACAGAAAUGCACAGGCACCAAGCAAACAUCUACAGAAAAAAAUACCUCUACACUGAAUACAAAUUCUUGUGUUGUGCCCUUGGGUUCCGACUCUAAUACAUUAGACAACAGCAGCGCCACUAGCACUGAUCUACAAGCAGCUUUGUUGGAUCUCAGACAGGCAACAGCCGAAGCUAUGACCAUCCAAAAACAGGUCCAGUGCAAGAUACAGAACAAUGCUCAAGAAAUACAAGUUACCAACAGAGAAGCAGUAAAAAAUAUAACCCAACCAGUUCAAGCAACACUACAUCAAGAACACGCAAAAGUAAAGCAAACAGCAAGCAUCACGACCAAUGUUAAAGAUACACGCACAUCUUCUGCAAGUCUUCAGAUAUGUACUUCAUCCAACAAAAAGGUCAGUGUUUCUGAGGAGGAUAUGUCUUCAUGUGAGAAUAAAGAAAUCGCUAGAGCAGAAAUUAGCAAUAUUAAAGAUGAUGAUGAGCCCCCCAAACAAGCAAAAAACUAUUUAAAUCCAUUUAGUGAUUGUGACUAUAAGGCACAAAUAGAACAAGAAGAAAGGGAUCAAGAUAUUGUCAGAGGAGAUGUAAAGGCAGCCAUCAGAGCAUUACAGAAUGCUUCGGCAGAACAGAGAGAAAUAGAAAAGGAAGAAGUUGUUAAAGGUAAUUUAGCUUUCACCCUUGAAUCUCUUCAAAAGUCAAAUGUAAAUGUUUCCAAGGGCGACUUUAAAGCAGCUAUGAUAUACAGAAAUGCAGGGCAAUCUUAUGCUACGCGUAAAAGGAAUUCUGAUGUUCAGCACAUAAAAGAUCAGGCUAUAGAAAAGUCAAUGCAGCCAUUUGAUAAUAACUCUCCUCCUUCUCCAGCUCCUGUGACUGAACAAGAAAAGUACCAAGCUCUCAACACACGUAAUGUAGAUGCAACAAAAGAUGACUCUGAAAAGGUGAAUAAUCCUAUGGCAAAUACUCAAGAUUUCAUUGCAAAGGCUUGUGAACAUAUAGUAGAUGAGAACGCUAAUGCCUCCCAAACUGGCCAAAUGCCACAAAGAAAAAAGCCAGCACUACCACCAAAACCAAAGCAUUUGUUACCAGGUGUAUGUCCACCCCCAAGAUACAAACACAAGGCUUCCUUAACAACACCAUCAUCUCCAACUUUUAAACCUUCAACUCCAGCCGAUGAAUUCAGUUUUAAAGGUAUAGCAGAACCAGAUAAUAUGACAAUGCAACACCAGUCUCCAAGUAACAUCCCACAUUCUUGCAAGUAUCCUACAGACAUAAAUCCAGAAUAUGAGAAGUAUAUGAUUCAUCACAAGGAACACAAUUUUUGCAGCAAAGACCAUGUUAUUACCAAUAACAAUCUGGAAGAAAGAGUGAUCAAAGUUGAUCAAAACAAACAAGAUUUAUUAAAUAAAGGCAGUGCUUCUGCAGAUUCUAAGCUAACUACUCAAACAAUGCCAGAAAACUAUCUAAAACACAAUUCAGAACAAGAUGAGCAUAAACAGAUACUAUCUGAAAAUGUAAAAGAUGGAAAAGUGUCAUCUGAUAAGUCAGUAGUUGACGUGACACAAUUAAAAACCAAUGUUAGUAAUGCUGAUAACAAGAAUGUAGUAAUGAGGAUCAAGCGAAAAAAGGAAUCAGAAGAGGCAAGACGCCAACGAUUAUCAAUUCAUAUGGAUGAAAUAAUGAAGGACAAUGUAAAGGCAGCAACGGACAUUUUUGAAAAUUUGAAAAAACAAGAUGAGUUAGAGAAUAUUUUGAAAAAAGUAACAGAAUUGGAAGAAAAGACCAGCACUGUAGAUGUAAAGUCUGUGAGGGGUUUAUUUGAGACUGUUCCAGAUUGGGUGGCAAGCUCAAAAGAAAAGGCUUCCCCUUGUCCUAAGAAAGAACAAAGGCAGUAUGAUGAAAGAUUUGGGCUACAAAAGGAAGAUUCUGAAAGUGUCUCAUCAGUGGAACUUGCCUUUGAGGACCUUGAAAGGGCAAGUGCUGAAAUCAAACAUUUAAAAGAGCAGACCCUGGCAAAAAUUUUAGACAUUGAAGAAACAAUUAAGAAAGCACUUUAUGCUGUUUCCAACUUAAAAUCAGAUUCUGACAUUGUAAGUCUUUCAAGUCUAUUCCGUGAAUCAUUAGGAACAUCUACCAAUACUUCAAAUAACAUUAAAAAAAUUUGUAUUGUUUCUAGUAAAGCAAAACCUGAAAAAACACCACAACUUUUUGAACAAAAGAGCACAGAAGAUGUAAAUCAAGCAAAAACAGAGAACAAGAAAUUAGAACUGGAGAUGACUACUGGUAUUUCUAGUCGACUUUCCCCUACAUCUCCAUCUUUCAUUACCAUAGAAUCUGCAGCCAGAAAAACUUCCCUGGGGAGCAACAGCUCUCUACCUUCAGCUGUAAUUUCAAACCAGAAUGGAGACAUGUCCCAAGAUUUGCAAAGACAAGGUGUUAGUGGUAAAGAGCGGAAUGGGAUUAAUUUAGAUCCUUUCUAUCAGCGGAGUGUAUGUGACAAUGGACAAUCUUUGUCAUCUGAAUCACUUGGACUUCCAGCAGUCUAUGAGCAAAAACUCAACUCACCAUCAAGUCCCAAUUCUCAAAGGCAAAAGAGUGUCUUAGAGUUGAAAACUGGGUUAGAAAGUCCCAAAGUAAUUGGAACAACAAUAGUUACAGAGAAAUAUGAAGAAUCUGAUCAGUAUGGCAACAAAAUCGUAAGGUCCAAGACAUCUACAACAGUUACAAAACAAUCUGACACUCAUAGUUCGUCAACAUUUGAGUUUGUAUCUGCUCCUCCACGUUAUGAGGUGACUGCUUCUCCUAUUCUUAGAAGACAUCUUAUCUCAUCUGUAGACAAUUCAAGUAACAAAGGAAACGAGACUGGUGUGGUAUUUGUCACUUUUGGUAAUUCAAAACCAGCUCAGAAAUGAUGUUUUCAUAAAUUGGGUUCUUCUGUAAUCAGACUAAGUCAAGCAGCACUAUACAGACCAAAAUAAUGAGACAUUGUUAUAAUCUCAAACAUAUCCUAGUUCUUCUCAAUACACUUAUUCCAUGAAUACCUUUUGGUCAAACAUUGUUUUAUAUUCCUCUUAAGCACUAGAUAACGUACAAGUAAUUUAACAAAUUAAAUCUGCUUUAACUACAAUGUAACAGUUUUGGUUACAGUGUCAGAGCAAAAAUUGGAGCCGCAGGGUGGGAUUUUAGAUUUGGUAUAGCAUAUAACGCUGGUCCUCCUCACCAUAAAAAUGCACAUGAGGCCACUUAUGUACAUUUAUUUCAUUUGAGAGAGGAAAAUAACCCUUCUAGCAAUUGAUUACUGUUUCACCCAUGGAAAGCAAAGACUAGGCAUAUUGAAACCCUCUGAAAUCUGCCUAUAGAGGACAGCUAGUAGGUCCCCAUACACAUGAGAUCAUUGGCCGAUUCACCAAAAUUGACGGGUUCAGCAAACUACUAUUCCCAGCAUAACCAUUUAAUUUAUAUUGUUUUCCAUUAGCACUAUAGCACCUCAAUCCUCAAUUAUUUGCCAUCUUUUGCUCUGUAUUCAUUUUAUAUAUUGGGUAUUGACUGCCUCUAAAACUCCAACCUGAUGAUGGGUCAUAUUGGGAGAAUUUUGCCCAUCGAAUGUUUUCAGAGCACAUGCUGGUGUCUUAUAACUGAUUAAUCUUAAAGUCUUGAACAAGAUACAACACUAAUUAUAUUUCUCAGUUAAAGUGGUUGUCUGAGUGUUUAUUACCGCUAAACUAUCCUCAGUAUAGGUCAUCAGUAUCUGAUAGGUUCGGGUCCAACUGCCAGCACUUCUGCCGCUCAGCUGUUUAAAGAGGCUGUGGUACUCCUGUGAGAGAUGCGGCCUCCUCCUAGGUCACUGACGUUAUGUUCAUCAGUCACAUGUCCUAGAUACAGCUGUUUCAUUCAAGUGAAUGGGGCUGAGCAGCAAUCCCAAGAAGCACAGUCUCUAUCCCAUGGGUAGGCAACCUCCGGCAGUCCAGGUGUUGUGAAACUAUACCUCGGAAAUAUAUAAUAGUAGGAUGCACAGUGAAACUAUACCUCCCAGCAUGCACACUUGCUCUGCUCUUCUCAUAUCUCCCUUAGAAAUGAAUUGAGCAUGCUGGGAAUUGUAGUUUCAUAAUAGUUGGAGUGCUGAAGGUUGCUAACCCCUGCUCUAUCCAAUGGAUGGCGUUGUACUUGGUAAGCUAUGAGUAGGCUGCGUGUUUCCAAGCAGCUGUUUGGCAAGGUGCUGGGAGUCAGAUCCCAACCAGUACUGAUGAUGACCUAACCUGAGGAUAACUAUCAGUGUAAAACACUUAAAAUCCUCUUUAAAUCUACCUUAGCCAUUCGAUUUUGUACGCUUUUCUUAACAAGAUCAGAGUAAAGAAUUUUAAAAUAUUAUGAGAUCCUAAUUUAUAUUAUUUAUAAGAUUUCUUCAGUGUUUAUGCAUAGAAUGUGGCAUUUAUAGAAAUAUUACCUUUGUAUAGUAAUUUUUUUCUCAUUAAAUCCUUUUAUAAAUCUUAUACACCACUGUUUGUCACAAAACCUUUGUUUUUCAUGUUGCAUAAUAAAAUACCUAUUUGCAUUAUA